AUGUCUCUGACCAACAGCGAGAAGAGCAUCAUCGUGUCCUCCUGGGACAAGGUCUCCUCCCAGGCUGAGGCCAUCGGCACUGAGACUCUGGAGAGGCUCUUCCACGUCUACCCGUGGACCAGGACCUACUUCCCGCACGUCCCCGUACACAGGGGCUCUGAGCAGGUGCGUGUUCUUGGGGCCAAGCUGGCGGCCGCGGUCGACAAUGCGGUCAAGAACAUGGACGACUUGGAUGGGGCGCUGUCCACGCUGAGGGACACGCUCCCCUACGUGCUGCGCGUGGACCCGCAAAACUUCAGGCUCCUGUCCAACUGCCUGCUGGUCACCCUGGCCACGUACCUGUCCAGAGAUUUCACCGCCGAGAGCCACCUCGCAUGGGAAAAGUUCUUGCGCCGAGUGUCCAUCAUCCUGACCGAGGAGUAA